UUUGUUUAUUUUACGUUGUUAAGGAUAAGCUGACAGUUUACAUGUCUACAACCGCAUUUUAGCCAUGCAACGGCUGCGUGGUUCAUACUAGCGCAUGGAGUGAAUUAAGCGAAGAGGAAGAACCAGUCGGGUUUCCGUCUUUGCUGUAAGAUUACAGCGCGAGAGUGAGACAAUGGGCCGGCUCGAUGACGCUGCCAAACACAAAGUGGUGGAGCUGCGGAAGGCUGGUCUGAGUUUCCGUAAGAUCAAAGCCGUGCUGGAGCUGGAGAACAUCAAGGUUUCCGCUCAGGCCAUCUACCUCUUCCUGAGGGAGUUCCAGGGGAGGCCGCCGGGGAGGGUCAGACCCGCGGAGGCCGGAAGCAGCUCAUCACCGGCGCAGGUGCACCCUCGAACCGGGGCGGUGCAAGAGAGCUGGAGUAACAUCCGUCUGCAAAACCUCCUGCGGGAGGCGUCUCACCAUGCCGGCUUCGCAGCAUCUGCUGAAUUCGCCAAACAGGCCUCCACAAAUUCAGAGGCCGGUGGGAAUUCGUCCGGUUCUGGGGAGACAAGCGGAGGCGGCCGGCCAGAACAGCAGCGGGAUGAAAACAGGGAAGAAAAUGACAUUCAGAUCGUUAGCGUCACAUCCCUGGCGCAGACCGGCCAACGAAGAGCUCCUCAGUCCACUGUGACGAGGGCAGAGCCGGGCGCCGGGUCUCCCACGCUCACGGCUUCUGGGGCAUUCACGAGGAGGAGGGCCACACCUUCUCCAGCCACCAGUUCAAUGCUGGCGGCUCGAAAAAGACUUUUGGAUAAAGCGUUGUCGCACAGGAUGAAGUCAUUCCACCAGGUGGCAUCGUUGCUGAGGAGAGAUUCCUCGAGCAUCCAAGGAGCCGAUCUUAGAAGUGCUAUGUCACAGCCACCUGAAACUUAUGAUCUCACCACAGACAAGACUGUUAUGGAAGGUCAGCCCGGGGCUGGCAGCACUCCCAGGCGUUUCCUCACUCAGAGACCAGGGCUUUCCGUCCGCUCCAUUCAACCUCCUCCUCGCGUUGGGAUCCGUCUUCCUAACCGGCCGCUCGGAGCUUUAGCGUCCUCGGCUCCCGGGGCCGCGGUCAUCCGCCUGCAGACCCCCGGAGGCCAGGCUGCCUCGCGCAGCGAGGGGAAUCCGAGCCCGCAGCAGGCCGCCCAGGACGUGGGAGGGAGGGGCGGUCUGCAGGACCAGAUUCAGACCCUGGGCUCCGAGGUGCGCAGCCUGGGCCUCGUGGUGAAGAUGCUCGUGGAGCAGCAGUGCCGCCUGGAGAGGGAGCAGGCCCAGCAGACGCAGAUCCAGAAGCAGAUCCUCAGCACCCUGCAGGCCGUUGUCUCCAAAAUGGGAUCUUGUAGCAGCGUUCAGCAGCAGCACAACAAAACCCCGUCACCCUCCGCUUUACCUGCAGCUUCUGCACCUACCUCCUUCAGUCAGGACUCCUUCGGCUUUAGUCAAGGCACGUACACUCAGUGCAGCCAAACCCAGCCCAGCUUCAACACUUUAGAGAGUUUAGAGAAUGUAGAGGCCUUUAAGCUGCCAGGACUGAGCCCCACGAGCAUGAAUGGGUUUCCACCGUGUAGCAAUGCAGAGAGCCUCCCUCUAACUCACACUCCCCCUCAAACCCAAUCAUACGCAGCCGUGUACACGCAGCAGGCUAACCAAGCCCUCAUGCCGCCUUACACACAGUCCUACAUGUCUACGUAUAACCAGUCCCAUCCUCAGACUUUUAGAGCAUCUGACAGUAAAACAUCUGAUUUCUCAAGCAGCUGCUCAGCGGGGACUUUCCAGGACUGCAGCGUGAACUCCAACCACUCGUCACAAGAUCAGCAGAUCAACAUCAUCAAAGUGGAAGGGCCGUAGAAGACUUCAGACUCCACGCAGCAUUUGGGAACCAGAAGGGCUCGGAUGUCGUUUAUUUUGUAUCAAGUGAUUGUGGUACUGUUAUUUAAAACAUCCGUGUUUUUACAACAACGUGUUUAACAAAUAAUGUAGCAUUUUUAUAUUAAUUUAUUCCCAAAGUUCAGCCAAAAACCAUCAGCAAUAGAAUAAACACAGUGCAAUAUUUUAGUAAUUAGGCUCGGAUUUGUCUUUGCUAUAAGCGUCAGUUAACAAAAAAAUUGAUCUAAAGGGGUUUUUAUAAAAACACUUUUCUACGUGUCGUCAUACCUCUAUGCUAGCUAACGUAAAACAAAUACAUAGCUGGAUGAGAUCCAAAGCAUGUUCCCCUUUCUGUGUGUACAGUGUCUGAAGAAGCUGAGAAUUCUUUUUGAAUAAAUAAAAAAAACAAGCAAAAGGAAUUUAUUUUUGAAUUAUAAUGAACCUUACGCCAAUCUGACAUAACAUUAUGACCACCACUAAUACUGUGUAGGUCUCCCUUGUGCCUCUGAAACAGUUGACUCACCAGAGAAUGGAUGGGGGAGUCCUGUAGUGUCUGGAAACAUGAUGGA